GCGUCGUACGACCGGGCAUACAGGCAAUCAUCGCUGGGGUCAAAUCCCCAUUCAUAACCCCAGGACCGAGGAGUAGAAGAACUUGUUUUUCUCCUUCGUGACCCACAAACGAUGGGACGUCCGGACUCCGCGACGGCGACGGCCAACGCGCCGAAGAACAGCAGCAAACGCGAGAGCUCGUGGCUCAAGAAAUGGCUGCUACGAUCCAUCUUUCUGGGCAUUAUUUUUGCAGUAUACAGCUGGCUGGACAGCAUCAAGGAUCGGUUCUACGUGUUCACUCCCGAAUACCUGCAUGAGCUCUCCCAGGCAGCGAUUUCGGCCGCGCCGUCACCCAGCGACACGGACUUCAUGGUGUCCUACAUCGUGUCCAACCUCUCCGCGACGUACCCUUCUUCCGUGAUUGCGCUCAACACAAACACGUCCGAGUGGGUGCUGAACAACGCAGGUGGCGCGAUGGGCGCAAUGUACAUCAUCCAUGCGAGCAUCACCGAGUACCUCAUCGUGUUCGGCACGCCGCUCGGAACGGAGGGCCACACCGGGCUGCACACCGCGGACGACUAUUUCAACAUCCUCGUCGGCGAGCAGUGGGCGUUCUCCCCGCCGAAGCUCGAGAUGGAGCGUUAUGGCCCAGGGAGCGUGCACCACCUCCAGCGUGGGCAGGUCAAGCAGUACAAGAUGCACGAGGGGUGCUUCGCGCUGGAAUACGCGAGAGGCUGGAUCCCGCUCAUGUUGCCGUUCGGGCUGAUGGACGUCCUUACGUCCACCCUGGACUAUUGGUCAUUAUACCACACCGUCCGUGUCACAGGAAGGGAGAUGCUGAGGAACCUCCUACUAGGAAAGAUCUGAUUCUAGAGUGGGUGAACAAAAUUCCCUGUGCAUGUCGAUGGGCCAGAACUAUAGGACCGUAUACCCUGCUUGGUUUAUGAAUCCAUCAUUCUUGACACCAUCGUGAUGUGAGAGACGUUAGCGG